UGUGUUGAGAGAUUUGGAAAUGGCGGAGAUCAGAAACCAAAGCGAUAACUUGGGUUUAAAAACGCGAGUGCACCGUCAUUGACACGCAGAUACCACUCACACGUGAUUCUCUGACUUACUUACGGGUUUACCGAUGGGAUAUAUGUCGGACGAGGAGGAGAAAAAAGGAUCUUUUCCAAGGUUUUGGAUUUAGCGAGCUGUUAGCUGGCUAAGCUAACCGUUAGCUAACUCCAAAUCGUGUGUGAUUUUUAACUACGCAGGUUUGUCAACAACGUUACAUUGCUAACUUUGUACCUCCGGUUUCCAAAGCUAUUUGGGAUUCACAACAUGAUUUCCUCAGCAAAAUAAUGCAUGCAAGUGGAGAAAUAAAAAGUCAAAACAUCUGUAAGUGAAGCCUGGUUUAGCUAAAGUUAGCUAACUGCAUGGGAAUUAAUCAUCCAGCGUGACAACUCACAACAGGAGAAAAGGAUCUUUAUUUACAAGGAGGAGACAAAGCCGGUGGCCAGCCGGCUCCUCCCCGCACCUGGGAUGGUGCCAUGUGACAGAGCGGCCGUGGAGCCAUAACCCCCCCCCCACCCCAGGACCACUGCUCCAUCAUCUCCGGCCCUCCACUGACUCCCCUUCCUCACCUUUAUCCUCACUCUGAGCCCUGGACCAGGCCGACCACAGCCUCACACAUGACUCAGACACUGGAGCCCUAGAUCAAGUCAGUUAAAGCUGAAAAUGAGUGCAGUCGGGGAAAACCCCCUGGACCCUGCCGCGUCAGAGUCACGCAAGAGGAAGGGCUCGCCAUGCGACACGUCGGGGGAAAGCGUGGAGAAGCGGAGGCGGGAGUUGGAGUGUCGCUACAUCGAGGAGCUGGCGGAGCUGCUGUCGUCCAACAUGAGCGACAUUGCCAGCCUCAGCGCCAAGCCCGACAAGUGCCACAUCCUCAAGAGCACCGUGGACCAAAUCCAGCUGAUGAAGCGGCGUGCGCUGGAGAAAGCAGCCCUUCUGUCUCCAGAUGAUGAGGUGCAGAAGAGCGACAUCUCCUCCAGUAGCCAGGGUCUGGUGGAGAAAGAGGCCCUGGGGCCCAUGCUGCUAGAGGCCCUCGAUGGGUUUUUCUUCGUCGUAAACCGGGAGGGCCGCAUCGUCUUUGUGUCGGAGAACGUGACGAGCUACCUCGGAUACGCGCAGGGGGAGCUGAUGACCUCCAGCGUCUACAGCAUCCUCCACGUGGGAGACCACAAUGAAUUUGUUCGCAAUCUGCUGCCCAAAAGCCUGGUGAACGGUGUGCCGUGGCCGCAGGAUUCUGCCCGGAGGAACAGCCACACCUUCAACUGUCGCAUGCUGAAGAGGCCGCCUGACGAGCUGGAUGCAGAGAACACAGAGGCUCGGCAGCAGUACGAGAUCAUGCAGUGCUUCACCGUGUCCCAACCACGGAGCAUGCAGGAGGAGGGAGAGGACCUGCAGAGCUGCCUCAUAUGUAUUGCCUGCCGGAUUCCUCGCACCCAGCCUUUCAGCACUGAGUCCUUCAUCACCAAGCAGGACCCCACAGGGAAGAUCAUCUCCAUAGAAACCAGUGCUUUGCGAGCGACGGGCCGGCCGGGCUGGGAGGAUCUGGUCAGGAAGUGCAUCUACGCUUUCUUUCAGCCGCAGGGCAAAGAGUCCUCCCACGCCAAGAAGCUGCUGCAUGAGGUGAUGACCCACGGCACCGCGAUCAGCCCGUUGUACCGUUUCACGUUAAGUGAUGGGACCCCGCUCAGCGCUCAGACCCGCUGCAAGUUCUGCUGCCCCCCCCAACCCUGAUGUUCAGCCCUUCAUUAUGGGCAUCCACACUAUUGACAGGGAACACAACACUGCUAGCUCUCAGGAAACACUAACCCCCUAGCCUUCCAACGACCCCCGGCAGCCUAAUCCCCCAGACCCCGUCC